AGUGUGGAGGGUCCAGGGAGCCCGCUGGCGUCAUGGUGAGCAAGGAGCCAAACUGCUUGCCCACCGCCAACAGCCACACCAACGGCAAUCUGCCGGAGAAGUCCGCCACCAUGACCGUGCGCUCUGUCCUGCUCAACCGUAACUCGCCGGACAUCGAGAGCCGCCUCAAGCGGCGUCGGAACCGCACCCAUCAGGUGCGCUUCAAGGACCUCGAUGAUGGGGAUGGGCUGCCGGUGAAGCCCGACAGACGCAGCCCUCACCCUGCCCGCAAAAGUCCGUCAUGCUCCCUCACGUCCAGCUGGAGGGAUGAGGUGGCCAACGGGCCGUCUCUUGUUGGGUCGGUGCGGGGGGACAUGGAGAGCACCAUCGGUGCUGUGGAGGAGUUGUUGAAGAGGGCGCCCCGUCACCCGCUGACCCCUGGCCCAACACGACGCAGCUGGGCCUCUCCGCGACCGUGCUCCCUCACGCUGCCCCUGCCUCGUCAGCCCUGCAUGAGCACAGCCAUCCAGACUUCUCCCAGUCUGCAGAAGCCUCUGGGUAUUCCCCGAAGCCAGAGCCUUGGGAGCUCCAUCAGGGCUGACUGGGAUGAGGAUGAGGACGAGGAAGAUUUGCUUGUUGGCAUUGUCACCCCCAUCUCACCUUGUGAUGAAGGUGGUUCAACUCCUGACCUUGAGGCUGCAGACUCGACCAUGCGGCGUCCUCGGGACGAUCCUUCUAAGUGUCGAUGCUCAGGUGAGGUCUCAGCUCCCUCUUCCGACCUGCUGAGAGGACAGCUUUGCUCGUGUCACGUGGUUGCCCCAAAGUCAAUACCCGGCAGGUACAGAGGGAGAAGGAGGCGGAUCACUCGAGCAGCUAGUGAUCCCGGACGGGCUGAUUCUCCUGUGGCUGUGUCGCCAGCCCGUGCCGUGUCUCCCAAUGACUGCCUGCCUGCAGAGUCACCCGUUCAGAAGUCUCCCGUGAAGAGCUCAGUUACCCAAACUGACCCCCCAAGUCCCCCAGCCUCGCCUGAGAAGGCUUCCUGUGCCCAGCAGACAGAAGACUGCAUCAGUCAGAAAACUGUGCUCACCAACAUUCUUCCCAGCACCCCUAUUUCCCACAACACACCAGAUUUAAGCCUUCCUAUAUCUUCAUCCUCUUCACAAAAUCCUCAUUCUUCACCCAAAGCAGUGCUUCCAGUCAACAAAAAUAUAGUUGAUUCAUCCACAUUCACAUCCCCUGACCCCACUCUCAUGAUGCCAGCUCAAGUAAUCCCUUCAGUGUCUGAAACUUUGCCACACGGCACCAAUCAGACACAAACUGUGCCAUCUUGCAAGGCUCCCCAAAAACCUGUACCAUGUUGUCAGACUCCCACGCAGUCUGGGAAAGUUAAGACACCUACGCAAAAUGUGCCAUCUCCCAUCCCUGUUGCUAAAUCUACCGCACCCGCUCCAAACCAUACAGACACCGCUUUGACUACACAGCCAUCAGUUGCCCUUACGCAGCCCAUGCCAGUGUGCGAGACUCCCAAACAAACGCCUUUUGCUACCCAAAUCAUGUCAUCCUCGGCACCAACACCUACACCUACUAAUGUCAUGCCCACCUGCUUCAUCCCCGAAUCUGCUGUGCCCCCUUAUGUCACACAACAAACAAUCCAAGUCUGCUCCUCCUCCCCUUUUAAAAUCAUCGCCCCGGGUAUUCUGCCCAACCAGACGUCGUCUCCGAAUAUUUGUAUACGGCAGGUGGCACUGUCCCAAACUGUGACGGCCACGGCUUCCGUAGCCCAUCCGGCCUGCCCAGCAGCAUACCUGCACCACGCGGCGCCGCCGUAUGGCUCUUCUCCCAGAGCAAGCCCUGCUGCCUCCUCUCAGGCCCCCUCCUACACUACUCAGGACAGGAAGCUUCCUCCCCCACCCCCACCUCCUCCACCGUACACACCCCGCAAGGAGGGAGCCACUGCCACGGGGCAGACUCGCCGCCCGCAAACCCCUAAGCCAGUGAGCACUGAGAAAGAGAAGGAUAAGGCCAAACCAAAGGAGAAGGUGGUGGGGAAUGGCGUGGCGGGGCAGCACAUGGCUGCGGAUGGACACAUCUGCCGGAAAAAGUCAGUGUGCGGUGCCGAAGGGGGAGCGGCGGUGGCCGGGGUGCCGGCGUGCACAGUCCCCAAGAACUCCGCCCAGGCUGCCAUUAAAGCCGCCACCAUGGGCGCCCGCAGAGCCCUCUUCUCCUCCUGCUCCGAGGCGGGACAAGCUUGCGGCUCCCAGUGCCCACGGCCCCGGACACCCUGUGGGCAGCAGCAGAGCUCCUCUGCGCAGGCCGAGGGACAGGCGGACGCACUCCGGCACGUGCAGGAGCUGCUGGGCGGGCUCAUGUCCGGCGCCAGGUGCAAACUGGACCUCAACAAGGCCAGGGAAAAGCUCCUUGGGCCCAACGGCCCACUGUACGACAUCGGCACCUUGCAAACGCAGCUCCACAGCCUGGAGGGCGUGCUGGAGACCAGCCAGAACACCAUCAAGGUGCUGCUGGACGUCAUCCAGGACCUGGAGAAGAAGGAGGCGGAGAGGGACGGAAGGCAUUCGUACCGUACCGGGCAGGACAUUGAGAACUGUGGCACGUGCAGGGACUGCGCCUGUAUAAUCUACAGUGUGGAGCAUGACUUUCGUCAGCAGGAGGGCCAGGUGACUCGAGCCUGGAGGGUUCCGGAGCACCAGGAGUGCGAGCAUCACCAGGGCUCCCCCCAGACGCCGCAGCCGGCGCCGCCCCGCAACCAGGAGUCCCCGCAGCAGGCCGUCAAGAAGAGCCGCAAGAAGUGCUUCUGGUUCCUCUGAUGGCGGGACCUUGGGGGCCCCUGAGCACCGGGGAGGGGAGACAGCUGCACAGGCACAGGGGGCCCAGACAAGCAGCAGCACCGUCACACCGUCACACCAGAAUGACUCAA